CCCUCCCUCCCCACACUUCGCCUCACGAGCCUUCUCUGUUUUAUCACUUAAAAUCUGAAAGACUGGGUGGUGGUGAACAGCAAGAUACUUUCACUUCUGGACUGAAUUUUGAAAUAAUCCGUUGUAUUCUUCCGAACCAUUUCUACCACAUCAAGUUGUGAUCUCAGAGGCCUUAUGAAUUCAUCACUUCCCAUCUCCACUCCACCUCAGAAUCUCAGCUGUGAACUGGAGAGUGCCACCAUCCAGAAGCAAAGGAAGGAACUACAGCUCUUAAUCGCAGAGCUAAAAGACCGUGACAAGGAGCUCAACGGCAUGGUUGCCGUCCAUCAGAGGCAGUUACUGGCUUGGGAGGAUGAUCGCCAGAAAAUACUGACAUUGGCGGAGCGGUGCAGCAAGCUGGAGGAUGAGCUGCACAAGAGAAAUGAAAUGAUAAAAACCUUGACCAAACGGUUGAAAUUCCUUGAUUCCCAGCAGAGUGAUUGUAAGCUGACCCUCGAGAAUACCCACCAGAAACUCCAGGAGCUCUCUAGGAAAGCGUCUGACACAUCACACCACUGCCAAGCCCUUGAGGAGAAAAACCAGGCCCUUAGCCACUCUGUGAUGGAACUGUCUAAUAAAGUAGGGCAGCUGCAAGCCAGAGAACAGGAGCUGCUCACCAUGCUAAAGCUAAAGGAUAAUGAUAUACUUGAAGCAAGCAAUCACAUUACUGAAUUUACGUGUAAAUUUAAAAAGUUGGAAAGAGCACUGCAAGCUUCAAAAGUGGAAAACGCAAGCGUCCAAAGGGAAAAGCAGGAUUUUAAACUUAAGCUGAAGGAACUUAUUCUAGAAACAAACAAAUUAAAAGGUGAUCUCAGUGAAAAAACAAAAGAAAACAAUGAACAGAGGGAAGAAAUAAUACGCCUCAAACAAGAAAAUGGUUAUUUGAGUAAUGAAUUGAUGCUUAGUGCUGAGAGAGCAAACAGAAAAGACCAGCUUCUUCAGUCUGCCAAAUCUAAACAACUCCGAACUGACACAGAACUGAGCAAUUUGCGACAGAUCUACAUGAAGCAGCAACAGGAUCUGCAGUUUCUGCAUUUCAACUUGGAAAGUUCCCAGGAAACGAAGCAGAUGCGCAAGAGAGAGACGCAUGAAGCGAGCAGAGGGAUGGUUUUGUCAGACCUCGAGAACAGCAACGACAAAGAAACAGCCUGUAGCGAAAUCAGCCAGAAGACACACACCCGGUUUGUCUAUGUGCCCCGCUGUAGUUCGAAAAACACCUGCCAGGUGUGCAGAGCGGAGAGUAGGCAGCCAGCGGACCCAAAGGAGAGGUGCUCAGUGAGUUUGGAUCAGUUUCAGGAAGGGCCGCUUCGUGAGCCAAGCACUCUGCACAACGAAGAGUCAAAGCAGAGUGGCUCCCUCAGCACUGGGGAGACAGACAGCAGACCAGCCUCCCAGCUGGAGAACGCCUGGAAGACCGAAGGCAGGGAAAUGGCUCGGGGGUUGGAAUCAAACCCCGUGGCCUCUUUACCAAUCCAUGAACAUUGGAUUGAACUGAAUUCCUCCGCGGAGCCCUCAAACUGCGAGGGAGACGGUAGACAUUGGGAGACAGGGGCCACUGGGAUUCCGUGCGGGCAGUGCCCCAGCACACCUCCGUGCAGUUCUGUCCCAUCGUUAGAAUGCUGCUCCUGCAACCCCAUCAGCAAAGCUUUAGUCUACCGGCCAGUGAGUGACCAGGAAUGGAUGGAGAUUUUCAAGCCUGUGAAUGAAGGCGGUUCGCGGGAAAGAGCUUUGUCCGACAGCCCUCAGGCCUCCGAUGGAAUUAAAAGUGACCAGUCUAAAAGCAGUGACCAUGACAUAGGUCUGAAUGUUUUGGAUUUGGGUACUCCCCGUCUGACUUCAACCCAAAAAACAAGCGAGCCUCAGAGACAUGAAAGGAUCUUGGAUACAGGAUCCCCUUUGGAACUCACAAGCUUCACAGACCAUCAUGCGGACGACCAGCAUUGCCACCCUCUUGUCCAUCAUGAUUCCACCUCACCCACGAGUCAGCUGCAGCGGCUGCUGGCAGAGUCGCGGCAGAUGGUAGCAGACCUGGAGCUCAGCAGCCUGCUUGGUGCCAGCCCGUGCUGCAGUCCCAGCUGCAGCCAUCCCACGGUCAUGGACUGUACUGAAGCCCUGUGCAAAAUAAAAUUGCCAGCUGUAGGAGAAAGUGAGACAAAGCUUUCUCUUUUUAAUUUAUGACCUCAGCUGUCUCAUGUUUCGUGUGCCAAGAGCAAAGAAAACAUGUACGUCAUCUCUUGAAGACGGACAUUCAUGGUGAGGUAUAAAUUCAAC